AUGACAGAGUGCGAAGCAGAGGAGCGCGAGACGACAGAGCAUGUCUUCUCCAAGGUCUACAACUCUGAUGCCUUUAUCCAGGAACACGAAAAGGUUCAAAGUGUGCCAGUCCCACUGGAUGAUCCAGAGUGCAAGCGUGAGAAAGUUGUCGCAGCUCUCAUGUUCUGGUCUGAUUCAACCCACUUUGCUGACUUUGGAACAGCAAAACUGUGGCCAAUCUAUAUGUUCUUUGGAAAUCUAUCAAAAUAUGUGCGUGCUCAGCCAACUUCUGGUGCCUGCCAGCACAUUGCCUACAUCCCGUCACUGUCCAAUUCACUACAACAGAAGAUUGCUGAGUUUCAUGCGAAAUGGGGCACCCAGAAGAACAAUAUUAAGACCCACUGUUGCUGA